AUGCUUUCUGAAUAUAAUUUGGCUAACCAAUUUAUAAUUGACCUUUCCUCAACCUACACAGACGGGUUAUUGGGUCGAUUGAGUUUCUUGGAGACCGAGAAGUGGCUGAUAGAAGAACCGGAAAGGGAUAACCGAGAGUUUCACGAUUUCAUGAAAGAAUUAUCAACAGUACAGCAAAAAGUCGAUCAUGCAGAACUUAUGGGAAAAGUUGCGGUUGAGGAGGCACGAAGACAUGCGUUACGCUAG